UAAACCACAGUGGCCAUCUGAAGGUCCACAGAUAAGUUCCUAUCUAAAGCAGAAGAAAGAAACGAAAAUGGCGGCUCUGCGUCUUAUCGUCUGUGUAGUCCUUUUGAGCUUGGUCAGCCAGUCUACUAGCUAUCCUGUUGGAUCGUUGUUUGGGUGCUUCGGGUCCCCCCAAACCGUCAAUGAGCUCGACGUUCCUGCUUACUUAGGACGAUGGUACCAGGUUUACACCGAUCUUGUAGUGAAUGUUACUUUUGAACGGAACGCACAAUGUGUGACAGCGGAUUAUGGCUUGAAUCCCGAUGGGAGCAUAUCCGUGUUUAACGCAAACACUGUAGGCUCACCAGAUGGAAGGUUCAACACCAUUUCGGGAAAAGCUACUGUUCCCGAUGCAUCCAAACCGGGACAACUCGUCGUAGAAUUCCCGGGAGUCCCGGCACCAGGAGAAUACUGGGUAUUGAAGCUAGGCCCUAUAGUCGAUGGCAAGUACCAGUACGCGGUGGUGAGUGAUUCCAGGAAGGUUACACUGUUCGUCCUGGCGAGGGAUGCGGCUGCGUUCAUGGGAUCAGAUGAUAGGACGGAAGUUCUUGAAUUCCUCCGAGAUACCGGGUUCAGCUGCUUCUGGAACACACCCCAAGAGACGUAUCAGUCGGACCAGUGCAAAUAUGUUCAAUCUUAAUGGAACUGUUUGAAAGUUUGGGGCGGGGCAUAAACAGUGGACAUAUUCUAAGGACUAUUAUUAGUGGAUUAAACGUAGCUUUUGGAAAGGUUCAACACCCAAGUAAUUAUUCUGCUGUUCAUUACUAUGUGGAUUAUAAUUAUGUAAUAAGACAUUUAAAAAAAGAAUUUUACUUUUUGGCAGGACUUUGACAUGGUCAAUAUAAAACACAAUUCCUCUGGAAAUCGUUAUUAUUUAACGAUGGCUAUGUUUGAUUAUGUUGUCACGUCUUUAAGAGUUUUAUAGUAUACCUGAACCUAUUGUGAAAUUUCAAAAUGUCACAUGAAAACAAAAACUCAGCAAUUAUGCCCAGUACGUGAAUUGCAUACUGAAAUAAAAGUAUAUAACAUGUAGAAGCAUUCAUUAAUUCAUUUUAUUCUUAUUUAUGUCAUUUAUUUAAAAAAAAUUGAGGGCAGUUCAAGCGCCCAAAUCAAUAAAUCGUUGUACAUUAACGCAUUCGUACAAAU